CAGUACCUACUGCAUUCUUUUUACUGUGCACACGGUUGGAUCAUUUUUCACACUGAAAUUCCACUUAUAUAAUUUGUAUGUAUUUAAGGGGAGACACAACAAUAUAAGGAAAAUGUCUGUAUCAUUAUUAUCUGGCAAGGUUUUUCUCCUUGUUACUGGUGCCAGCAAAGGAAUUGGUCGUCAGAUAGCUCAAUCUUUUGGUUCUUUGCUAGGUGAAGGGUCACUAGUGUUAUUGUUAGCAAGGAAUUCGAGUGGAUUGAAGGAGACGGCCAACAAGUUAGCCAAAAGAAUAAAAGUGCAAACCACAAGUGUGGAUUUACGUGUUGCAGAUGCGAAUCAAUUGAAGGAUAUCAUCAGCAAAGCCGUUGGCCCUGCAGGUGUGACCCAAUUUGAAAAGGCUGUUAUUGUUCACAAUGCAGCAUCAAUUGGUGAUCUUUCGAAACCAACCAUCGCUUUGACUGAUUUUCAAACAUGGCGAGACUACUACGACCUUAAUGUAUUCUCACCAGCUGUUUUAAACGGUGUCUUUAUGCAAUUGUUCAACGAAGACUCAAAAAUAACAAGAUUCGUUAUAAACGUGACAUCCAUUGCUGCAAGUACACCUUUUGGAUCAGCAGGAUAUUAUUGUUCAGGAAAAGCUGCAAGGACCAUGUUCUUCAAGGUAUUCGCAACGGAAAAUCCCAACGUCCACGUACUGAAUUAUUCACCUGGCUUUGUAGACACUGAUAUGCUGCACAGUGUGAUUACAGGUAUAUCGGAUCCAACAGCAAGAAAUUUUUUUCGGGAAGUACAAUCAAGUGAUUCGGUGUUAACGACACAGCAAACGGUUAAUCGUAUGAUAGAAAUAAUCAAUUUACAGAGAUUCAAUUCAGGUGACAUCAUCGAUUAUUCUGAUUUAUUAGAAACUUGA